GUUACGCAUCUUGUUAUUCUAAUGUCUUUGGUAUGAAUAUGUCUUAUCAACAAGCUUUUGAACUGCGCAGUCGCUUUGCGAUUUGAAAUGUCGGGGAUUUUUUUGGGAGCCGUCAACAGAAAUCCACAAUAACCGGACUCUCGAGAUCGGGUUCGCCACAGUUCAGUUGGCAUCGGACGUUCGUCUUGCGAAGAUCGAUCUCGGUUUGUGGGUAGCGCGGUCUCAACAAAUCAUCUCAAGAUGCCGAAAACAGCGGCAGUUACCAGUCUCCCAGAAGAACCGACAAUUAACGCGAAAAGAUUUCGCCUGGAGCUUCUCUAUCUCUGUGCAGUGCUGCUAAUGGUUGUGGCUUUGGCUGCUGGCUAUUUCACGUGGAUGAUGUCCCACUCAACAAGUUCGUCAAACAAGGGCCUCCACAUACUCGAUCGCAGCGAAUGGCAGGGGGAACCACCCAGUGGGAAGUACCCGCACCUCAAGCUGCCCGUCGCCAAUGUUAUCAUCCACCACACGGCGACCGAAGGAUGCGAUCAGGAGGAUGUUUGCAUAUACCGCAUGAAGAUCAUUCAGGCGUUCCAUAUGAAAUCUAUGGGUUGGGUGGACAUCGGCUAUAACUUUUUGGUGGGCGGCGAUGGUCAAAUCUACGUGGGCCGCGGCUGGCACAUCCAGGGUCAGCAUGUAAAGGGAUAUGGUGCCAUCUCCGUGAGCAUAGCCUUUAUCGGAACCUUUGUGAAUAUGGAGCCACCAGCUCGUCAAAUCGCAGCAGCCAUGCGACUGAUGGACGAGGGCGUACGUCUACAUAGAUUGCAGCCAGAUUACCAUAUAUAUGCCCAUCGUCAAGUUAGUCCCACCGAAAGUCCUGGUCAGAAGCUUUACGAGCUGAUGCAGAACUGGCCUCGUUUCACACAGGAUGCAACAUCAUUGCGACUGCUGAGCAAUGAGACUGUGAAGCUCGUUACCCGACCUUAUUGGUUGGCCCAGCCGCCUAUAGGGCCACUUACUCCUUUGAAGCUGCCAAUUGAGAGCGUAAGAUUUGUGGCCACCAAUACUACAUCGUGUUCCACUCAAGCCGAGUGCACUUUUCGUGUGCGCCUCUUGCAAAACAGGCAUAUUGAGAGCAAUGGAUAUAAGGACAUUAACUACAAUUUCGUGGCGGCUGGGGAUGAAAACAUCUACGAGGCCAGAGGCUGGGAUCACAGCUGUGAACCUCCAAAGAAUGGAGAUGAACUAGUCGUGGCCUUCGUUGGUCCUUCAAGUAGCAAUAAAAAGAUAGCCUUAGAACUAAUUAAACAUGGCAUCAAACUGGGCCAUAUAAGCGAGAACUAUACUCUUAUUGACGACUCAGAAAAGUCAUAGAAAACUGAAAGAACGGGGGAAUGAAGCUUUAUCAGUGCCAUUCCUGUGCCAUUUUUCAAAGUGAUAUUAGUUUAAGAUCUUAUAUUAAGCAUCGAAAUUCUCUCAAAUCCAAUGCGUCACAAUCUCCUUCGUAUUUAUAGAAAUAAACAUGCCUUUAUUGAUUUUCAACA